UUGCUUUAUCCCAGGAAGUACCUUCUGCUUGUUAUGUAAAGUUGACUUUGUACAUGAGGCGAACUGUGUGAAGAGCUACAUUUUCAGCAGAGCGAUGGGAACCGACUCCCCUUUUCUGUUGGCUGCAGUAUCUCUUCUGUCUGCCCUGCACAUGGGCUACCUGGCCCGGCGGGUUGGUUGGUCCCGGAUGGCCCAUAAGGUCCUGCCACCCUCGGUCACUGGACCUCCAGAGUUUGAGAGGACUUUUCGGGCACAUCAGAACUGUGUGGAGUUCUACCCGUUGUUCCUGGUGACUCUGUGGACCUGUGGGAUAUUCUUCAGUGAGGAGACAGCAGCUGCAGGAGGAUUGGUGUACAUAAUCGCCAGACAAAAAUACGUCAAUGGAUACGUCAAGUCCACCAAGAAAAGGUUACCUGGGUUUUACCUGACUUUGGCUGUCUUUGCCACUCUGUCUCUACUGGGUUUGAUUGGAAUACUGCGAGGAAUACUACACAAGUACUUUCACAUCCACCUCUGAAGAUUUCACCUCCACCUUCUUAUGCAGAACAACCAGUAAAAUAGUAGGUCUAUGAAAUUAGGUCCAUUUCAAAAAUAAUAGGAUUGUUGUACUCAUUUGUUAAGUAAGGGAUAAUGUACAGCGGGUCAUUGUUGUGAAAGAAACCCGGACAGGGCCCUGAAGGGGAUUCUUUCACAACAAUGACCCGCUAGCUGUGAUUAUCGCCGAACGCCGUGAUUAUCCAAUCAGAAUCGUGUAUUCAACACAGCCGUGUAAUAAAGAAUAUUACUCCCCUG